AUGUAUUCCCGUUUUGUUUUUAUGUGUUUCGUACAGAUUUAUUUGAUUGAACUUUGUUGCUCAAAUUCAAAGGAUCUGCAUUUGAAUAAGGUCAGCACACACUCGAAUAAUAAUGAAAUGAAAAUAGACAAGGAUAAUAAAUACGAUGAAAUGAUAUCGAAGAACGAGAGAUUCGCGAGACACGCUGAAGCCAUAACGGAAAAUGUAGCAGAACACAUCUUAAAAGAAAUAAACAGAAAGUACCCCAAAACGGAUAAAAGAAAACGGAAAUUGUUGAGCGCAUUGAAAAAGAAAUAUGGAAGACAGAAAGAAAAGACACAAAAAAGAAAGAUGACUAAAAAUGAAAACCGAAAGAAAAUGACGACGAGGAAUUCGAAUUAA